AUGCAAAGAACAGUCAAUCAUUACCCUGCCGAAAUCGCCUUAGCACAAUCAGAGUGCCCCUUGACUGAUCUCAAGAACCCCGACGAUAUGGUUAUAUUUGCAGAAAGCAGUGCGAAACAUCAGCGCAUCGGAAAACUGCCUCGAAGCUGCAACCUGCAGCCUAUAGACUACGUCUACGCUCUGAUAAGGGCAAGGAGAUGUGAGUCUCCUGGAGAUCUCCAACGAGGACAAGGGUGGACAGGAAAACGAUUGAACUCCUCGAUAGGUUCUGUUACGUGA